ACAUAAACAAUAUAGUUUUAAACAUUACCGGAAUUGUACCUUUCAAUUAUGCCGUAGUUAAACUUUGAUUAACGUUCCAAAUUAUUGCUGUGCUAAGUUUAAUUAGUUCGACUCACAAAGGGUUAUAGUUUACGAAGAUAACAGGGGAUAAAGGGUAACAGUUUGGAUCAAAGAGCAUGAAGAAACGAGUUCUUUCAACAUAUACAUAUCAUACUAUAGUAUUAAAGUAUUAGUUGUCAGUGAUAGGCACUACAAUUAAACCAAAUGGCUAAAAGCGCAGAACAAGAGGUGGAAAAGAUGAAACAGUUAGAAGAGAGGAUAAAAGCACCUUCAAUAUGGGGCCGAGUACCUUGUGGUAUAAGAUUUGAGGAUUUACAAGACAGGAGAUAUGAGGACGCCGUACGUUUGCUGAAGACACAUUAUUUACCUGAAGAGAUCACCUACCGUUCAGUCAAGAUAUCCGAAGAUAAAGAAGGCGUUGACGAAUUUAUUCAUAAUGUCAGGAUAUGGAUGAAGGACAAAAUGUCAAUAGCAGCUGUUAAGGAAGGCACAGAUAAACUGGUUGGUGUACUAAUUAUGAGGAUACAGGAGAAAAGUGCUUUCUCCAGGACGUUCAGUCGAGUAAAGAUCACUUACAACCCGCAAUACACAAAAGUGGUGACUUUUAAUAGAGCGAUCGAGAAACCUGUUGACCUAUUCGAUAAACUGGGCGUGAGACGUUAUUUCAAAAUCUAUCUGCUGGCAUUGAAGACUAGGUACAGGCAUCGGGGUUUAGGCAAAGAAAUGCUCAAGGCAGCGAUAGCGCUAAGUGAGAACGCAAACGUGCCAGCUAUAUCCGGUAUCUUUACAACGGCUCGUGGGCAUCAAAUGGCCGAUGAGCUUGGCUUUGAGAAGUUCAAUGAGUUAUUCUACGUGAGAUACCUAAUUGAUAAUGAAAUAGUGUUCUGGGACACGGGUCUCGGUAACUACGGCGCUGCGCUGAUGGCGUACAGGAUCCCGUCCGUGGAGGAGCCACAAGAGAUACAAACCCAAGCGUCGUCCCGCUUCAAUAUACAGCCACCGAUAGACGAUGACGAGGAAAAUCAAUAG